CCACAUAUAACGAGAUGCUGUUUGAUGAUAUAAAUACUAACUCGGUCUCUAGUCUACGUCACUACUCCUUCGUAUACCCGAUGCCUGGACGUCUUUCGUCCCCGACCCCAAUUCCGAGAGAAGAUGGACGAGAUUCUUCACAGAGCCUCGGCAAUGGCAACAUUCGUUCUUAGCGCACAACUCCUGGCCUGUCUAUGGUAUCUUACGUUCAUCUACAUGGAGCGCGAACUUGAGAAUGCAACCCAACCCGAUGCAGAAGCAAUCUCGUUCUCCUCGAUACCUGCCUUAGUAUUCUUCAUGCUCAACCGAAUCGUCCCUGCUUACGGUAUGGCUAUCGCUUCGUUCCACCAGAUACUUGGCACCGCAGAGAUUACUAUCUUAGAGAUCAACGUUGCCUUCAUUCUCAUCAAUGUGGGAUGGGCUGUGUUGUAUCGACUCAACUAAACUGCCUGCCGGAAUGAUUCGGUAUAUGAUCAACCUCUAUGGUUACGGCUCAUGGUUCACGGGACCACGGUUUAAGAAAAAGAUUCGAUUCAUAUACCGAUGGCUUUAAAUAAAGAGGAACGGUUGGCAAAAAGGUUGGCGUUAACUUUGAGGGAUGGUUGAUGAUUUACUCUCCCCCACCAGUCUUUCUGCUCGAUACGAUGGAAGCAUGCCAACGAGACAUUCCAUCAUGGGAAAGGCAUAGGUGUAGGACAGGGGGGAGUUGGCAAAUCCAGAAUGAAAAAGGAGGCAGAAAGAUCCUGCGGUUGUAAUUAUGAGCACUCAGUU